CCUUCAGUGGUUGUCUAACGAUGAACUGACUGACUGGUCCCGCGUUGCCCACCAUCCUCGCUUGGCGAGUACGAAAGGUGGCGAUCAAAAGCUGUGCUCUGACAAAAGUCCCCGCCCAUCCCCAGCGAUUUCGCGCUAGCCUCAUCGGAUUAAAUUUGCGCUCUCGACUUCUCCAAGCCUCCGUUGAUGCGGUUUAGGCAGCUGCCAAUUGAAGCGCGAGAAACAUACAUCUGCUCGUUCCUGAAUCGCUAGCACAGCACGCGUACUAUCUAGAUCAUCUUGCAUUUUCCCCUUCGGUUAUGCGAUCUCGCGACGAUGUCUGACCGUGGAAGACUUGCAAUUUAGCGAGGAUGGUCGGUCCCAGACCACCUCCAUUACGUCGUAGCCGUUUUGAUCUUGCUCCUUUUUCAUCUCUUUGGCUCCUUCACCGGAUACAUAAAUCCGAGCCCAUGUUAUCUCUAUCCUCCAGUACUCCCGAUCCAUCCUCUUCCGACGUUGUCCCAGCAGUUGACCCUAACGACCUUUCGUCAUGAACGGUAACGGUGCAUCGUCCCUCAUCCACCAUCCCUGCACUGUAUGCUGCCGUCCAACCACAAUGUGGUGUAGUCGUUGCCAAUUUGCAUGGUACUGUAGCCCAGAGCACCUCUCGAGUGACUGGCCUCGCCACCGUCGUGAAUGUGUUGCAACGCCGAUGCAGCAAUCCUCGCAGCUUGUCAUCCAAACUCCGCCCGCUGCGCCUGAAGUAAUGACCGUCUCCGCUAUUCUCUUCGUACCAAAUCAAGAGCGUCCGCAGAUUAUCAACGUAAACUGUCAGCUCACGCGCAAGCCACAUUCGAGUUCAUGCCCUGCACCCCUUGUUGGCGAUUACUUUCAGGAGUCGCAACCGCAAGCGCUAGUGCUUACGCAGGGUCUCAAUGGAGAGCCGCUGCGCUUCCCGUUGCACAUCUUCUACUGUCCGAUGUCAUUGCAGCGUGGCUCACCCGUAAAUCGCGCUAUAUACCGCAUCACUUCUGGUGCUGCGGCUCGUCAAUGGCCCGGUCCAGUCGUAGUACUCAAAUUCAACGGAUCCCGCCGUCAGAGCUAUUCUGAUGCAAGCACGAACGACCUGCCUGCUCUCUCAGCAUACUUCCUUGCGUUCAAGUGA